UUUAUACGGGUCAUUUUAUUGCGGGCCGUUUUGUCACGGGUUGUUGACACAGAUUCUUACUUUCAGACUAGAAAGACAAGCCGAGUUUUAUCUAUAAGGGCUUCGGUUCAAGGGGUUCAGAUAAAAAUAACUGAUCAUUCGAAAAUUCGAUCACUCACUACGUCGUUCCAUUAAUGUUAAGUACAUCAACGAAGACCCCCACAAUGACCCCCACAUUUGCAAGGACUGUCCUCCUCACAACCCUCACAGCCUGUAUCUUGUGUGUGGGGCAAGCAACUCGUUACCCCUUAAGCUAUACCCUAGACGCCUACUGUGGUACCACCAUCCGAGUGUCGGGCGAUGUCCUGAUCCGGCUGUCCUACAGCACUUACCUGCCGGCCGACAGAACCUGCAGCAUCACCCUGCUGCCGUCCAGCGGGGACGGGCUGGUGGCUAGCGUGGACACGUACUCACUCAACUACCUGUACUCGACCAGCCAGUGUCUGUACGAGGCCAUCCAGCUGGGCUCAGCUGACGUACCACAGAUCUGGGGUCCCUAUGGCUACUGUAAAUCCUAUCGACCGACGGCCAAGUACAGUCUGGGCAGGUAUGGGACCUACAGCUACAAGACGGGAAAGUAUUCAUUCAUUGAGACGGGCGACAUCAAGCUGUUGGUCACUGAAACAUUUAGUCGUAACGCGACUGGUUACUGUGCCAGCGGUCAGUUUGACUGUGAGCGACAAAACAUCUGCAUCAGCCGCUCACUCACGUGUAACGGAUAUGACGACUGCGGCAACGACCUGGACGAAACAGACGGCUGUAGCCUCCCCCCGGGCAUCAUAGGAGGCAUCGCCGCUGGCAUCUUCGUCUUCAUCGUCCUCGUUAUCGUCAUCUCAUUCUUCAUCAGGAGGCAACGCUACCGGGCGGUCUAUGUACAGUAUCAGUAAACAUGGGGGUGGUGGUCUAUAUCAGUAAACAUGGGGUUGCUAGGGGUGGUGGUCUACAUCAGUAAACAUGGGUGUGGUGGGGGUGGUGGUCUAUAUCAG